AUGUCGUCGUUAAUUGUUUUUCUAGUCAUAUUUUCCGCCCCCAACGCAUUCGCUGGGAACUUACGUGAGAAUGAGGUAGCUUCAGUAGGGGAGACCCACAUGACGUAUUCCAUGUGGUUGAAAUUGUGUGAAACAAGUGAAAAACGCUUUAAAGAAAGGCAAGAUGAAGCUGUGGUGGAAUCAGCAAGCGUUGCUAAGAGCUCCAAAGGUAGCGUAGUUCAAGCUUUUGAAAGUUUCAAAGCACGUGUUUCGAAGGUGACGAUCUCAUGCCAACAAUUGGUCUCUCUGCCAAAUACUCCAACGCAACUCGCAUUUAAAGGUCAGCCAGAUGAAGCUAAUGAACUGGACAAAUCUGCAAGAUUUAUCGGAAGGCAAAUUAUGCACGCUAUAAUCAGCGCUCAAAAUCAGUAUAUUAUAUAUAAGGUCGUGUUAAACAGCGAUAAAGAAAAUCCCAAUUACGUCGAUGCCGCCGAUGUAAUUGAGAAAUAUGUUCUGCAUUUGAAUGUCAUCAGCUCGUCAAUCGAUAAGGUUAAAAAUUUUCUUCUUGUACCUGCCGUACUUGCAAUUCACUCGGUUUUAUUCUGA